AUGACUCCUGCCCUCUCAGUCCUGCUGUGCCUUGGGCUGUGUCUGUGCAAGAGGACAAGGACUCAGGCAGCAGAUGGACUCCCCAAACCCUCCCUCAGGGCAGAAAAUAGUUCUUUGGUGCCCCAAGGGGGAGCUGUGACCCUCAGGUGCAGGGGAUCAUGGGAGGCUGAAGAGUGGCAGCUGGAGAAAAAAGGAGGAUCUGGAUGGUCACUGAUCAAAUCUGUGAGAGGAGCUGGGAAUGAGGGCGAGUUUUCCCUCCCAUCCGUGACACCAUAUGAUGCAGGGACUUACCGGUGCUUCUACAGAAAUUCAUUCUACUUGUGGUCAGAGGCCAGUGACCCCCUGGAGCUGGUGGUGACAGGCUUCUCUGCCCCGCCCUCCCUGGUAGCCCUGCCCAGCUCUGAGGUGGCCCCAGGACAGAACGUGACCCUGCAGUGUCGAUCAGCCCUAUAUCAUGACUGGUUCGCCCUGUACAAGGAAGGAGAAGAGAUCAGCCACAGCUGGAUGCAGAGCCAUAGAAGGGGGAAUCAGGCCGACUUCUUCUUCCCUGCUGUGAAUGCGACCCACGAUGGCACUUACCGAUGCUACGGCUAUUCUAAUUCUUCCCCCUAUGGGUGGUCCUCCCCCAGCGCCCCCCUGGUGCUCAGGGUCUCAGGUGCUGCUGCCCAGGAUUACACUGUGGGCAAUCUGGUCCGCCUCAUCCUGGCUGGGCUGGUCCUCGUCCUCCUGGGGGUCCUGCUGGCUGAGCACUGGAAGAGCUCCAGGGGGCAACCUAUCCAGGGAGUCCUUGACUGA